AUGCGCGCCAGACUGCGCGCCCAGGAGGGCACGUUUAUGGCUGUCACGUCUAUGCCAAGGAGUCUCUGGACAUGGAUGGCGGUAGCUGUGGCUGAUCGCCGGAGCUGGAGCGCAGGUCCUUCGACUUUUGCAAUGCAGAGCAGCAUGCAGCAGCAGGCUGCUGGUGGUGGGGCCUCAGCUGCCUUCCUGAAGGGCGGGACCGUGCAUGUCCCCGCAUCGACGCCGCCGCGCCGCCGCACCUACAGGAAUCCUCGACUUUCUGAGCAAAGCCCUCGAACUCGAACUGAGCGAGCAAUCCCGCUUUCACCCGGCAACGCUCCGACAGUGGAGGCUGGUCCUUCGGGCGAAGCAGAGUGCGACCGUGGGAGACCGCAAAACCUCUGCACCGUAGCACCCAGGACGUCUCCGACGAAGCCGACCAUCGGGCCCGAUAACCGUCCCAGACUCCAGUCGACUCACCUUGGCACUCCGCGUUCGCCGCAGACGCCGCACACACUCCCUCACACACCCGGCACGCACCCGAGGCCUGCAGCGGGCGCUAGUUAUCAGAUAAAUACCGCGGUAACCGUCUCGCCCCCGCCCACUCCCGCGCCACCGGUCCACUUGACGGUAUCGACAGCAUGGGUGCGACAGAUUACUUCUCGUCUGCGCGAGACGCUCGAGGCAGGCAUCAUCAGUGAGUUACAGUAUCCGCUGCCUGAACUGACAGCAGUUGCGGUACUUCUCGGCUUCGUCGACCAGAUCAUUCCCUACUCGCCCUCCCAAAACAGCGGUUCGCGCACAGAGCUGCUCAACGAGGGACAGGGAGAGCGACGCUACUCGACCUUCGGACGGAGUGCGCCGAAUAUUAACCCGCAGCUCCUCAGCCCCGUCGUGCGCGCGCGCGAUCUCGACGACGACGCGAUCAGCGACGUCUCCUCCAUCGAUGGCGAGGAGCGGCCGACCUAUGACCGCAAUCAGGUUGUCCGCGCCCUCAAAACGCAGGUCUGGAGCGGCGCGCUUAUUGGUCUCGCUGCUGCCUCUGUGGUCGGCGCAAUCGUGCUCUACAUCGUGAGUUUGGCGCGUGACGGGUAG